GACGAGUUGACGGUAAUUUCUAAAUCAGAAUAAACCUUAAAUGGAGCCAAAUCUUAAGUUGAACAUAGAAGAAUUAAAUAUAGAGAGUCUUUCAUUACAGAUCAAUCUCUACCGUGCUCUACUUACUAGACAGAUUUUAGUGCAUUGAUACUUCGAUACCGAAAGCAAUAAUUUAUAAAAAGAAGUCAACAACUUAUUUAAAUAUUGUUUUCUUAAAAGUGAAUAAACGAACGUUUCCAUAUAUUGGAUUUUUCAAAUCAGAUAUUAUAAAAUUUUGUAAAAAUGGAUCAAAUGCUACCAAGUCCUUACAACAUACCGGGUAUUGGUACCCCAUUACACCAACCUGAAGAAGAUCAACAAAUUUUACCAAAUGCUAUGCAGCAACAACAUCAACAACAACAACAGCAACAGCAGCAACAACAACAGCAUUCAUUGGUAUCCUUAGGCUCCUCACCUUUAGUUGGAUUUGGUUCCUCCAUAAUGGGUACUCCACAAAGGACCAUGCACACUUAUGCUCCAACGGCAAGCUAUGCAACACCUCAACAGAUGAUGCAGCCACAAACACCGCAAAAUUUAAUGUCACCAAUGAUCACUGGAGGUAGUAUAGCAGGGCAGCCUAUAUUAAGUCAGGCAAGCCCAGCACCCAUGACCCCUAUGACUCCACACUCAGCAGACCCUGGAAUAUUACCCCAAUUACAAAAUAUUGUUUCCACCGUGAAUCUAAACUGUAAAUUAGAUUUGAAAAAAAUUGCUCUUCAUGCACGUAAUGCUGAAUACAAUCCAAAACGGUUUGCUGCUGUUAUUAUGAGAAUUCGUGAACCGAGAACUACAGCACUUAUAUUCUCUUCUGGAAAAAUGGUUUGUACUGGAGCUAAAAGUGAAGAAGAUUCCCGUUUGGCUGCUAGGAAAUAUGCCAGAAUAAUUCAAAAACUUGGUUUUACAGCAAAAUUCUUGGACUUCAAAAUACAAAAUAUGGUGGGAAGUUGUGAUGUUAAGUUCCCUAUUCGUCUUGAAGGUUUAGUACUGACUCAUGGACAAUUCAGUUCCUAUGAACCUGAACUUUUUCCUGGACUUAUAUACCGAAUGGUUAAACCUAGAAUAGUAUUACUUAUUUUUGUCUCUGGCAAAGUAGUGUUAACAGGAGCAAAAGUGCGUCAAGAAAUAUAUGAAGCAUUUGAUAAUAUUUACCCAAUAUUAAAAAGUUUUAAAAAACAAUAGUUAAUAUAAUAUUUAGGUUAUUUUUGUAAGCUGUUCUUAUUUAUAAAAAAAAACACUUAA